UAGCAUAUGCACCUUGUCCCAAGUUAUCACCUUCCUUAUACUAAUUUUUCAUCAAUUUAAGUUGAUUCACAUACCAAGUCCAUGGCGCUGUCGAGUUCUCUCAUGCGCUCCGUCUCCUCCUCGCAUCGCUCCGUUCGCAGUAGCUCCCUCCGUCAACCCCCUCUCGUCGAUCAAACCGUAUCAUCGAUCUCUUUACCAGUUCGCGGGCAUCGAGCUGUUGUCGCUCUUGCGAUGGACUCGUCCCGCAUCGACACCGCAGUUCCGACUACAGAAGACUCAAAAGCGACAAAUACAACCGUUGGAUCGGCAGAGACCGCAGAGGCGAGUAAAGGAGAUCCAGAGUGGAUAGUACUGCAUACGAACGGCGAGAUCGGUUCGGGUAAUUCCGGUGGUCGUGGCGGCUUUUCUCUACCCAACAUUCCAGUACCUCACAUUCCCCCGUGGGCAAGAUGGGUGCUUGGUACCAUAUUUUGCGUCGCAAUUCCGCUUUACAAGCGAAUGAGAAGAAUCGAAGAUAAGGUGGAAAAGACCGCGGAAACUGCGAUCGAAGUCAUAGAGAAGGUGUCUGAGGUGACAGAAAAGGUAGCUUCCGACGUGGCCAACGCUCUUCCCGGCGACGGAAAUAUAAAGGAAGCAGCUUUGAAGAUUGAGAAAAUAGCUGAAGAAGUAGACAAAGAUGCGGGAAAAGCCGAAGCCAUCCUCCACAAGGUUGAUGAGAUAAGAGAAGAGGUGGAUGCAAUAGUGAACCCUAUCAUCAAGGAAGGGGAGUCCAUAAAGAAAGAAAAGCAAGAAGAGGACAAGUCAAAACAUAUCACAGAGAAAGAAAACCAAGAAAAGGAGGAAGCAAAACCUAGCACAGAUCAAUCACAAACCAAUGGAGAAUCAAAUGAUCAGAAAUAAUUCAGAUUUUUUAAAAAUUAUUUUUUUUAUCAGAAACGAUUCGUAGAUACAUGAAUUAUGAAAUAAAAGCUCUCUUAAUUUGUUGUUGUGUUCA